AUGAUAAAUUUAGUGGUCUGUUUUCUUCACAUUUGGAAUUUGAAAAUAGUGAAAGGUAAUAGUAUUCCAAAAAUCAUGCCUUUUCAAUUUUUGUCAACUGUUCAAGAAGGACACAGGCAACAGAUAAUAUGUUCUAUAGUUGCGGGAGAUCCACCUUUUGUUUUUACAUGGAGAAAAGAUGGAAAAGAACUUUCUAAGUAUAUAGAAAUUAAAACUGAUGAUUUAUAUUCGUUAUUAAUUAUUCCUUCUGUUCGAACGGAGGAUAUUGGAAAUUAUACAUGUCUUGCAAACAAUGCUAUAGGAACCGAUAGUUAUACUGCUGCACUUAAAAUGAAAGGUAUAUAA